AGUGCAAUGGCUGUCACAGUGAGAGAAUGCCUAGAGCUCCAGCUGCUGGAAGUGGAAAUGCUCCUUGCAAUGUUUCCCAAAAAAGGGGAAAUAAACCUGGAUGAGGAUGCUGUGGCCAGCGUGCAGCACUACGUGAGAAACAGUGACGGAGCUCUGCCCCCACAGCUCCAAUUUUCAAUCGCUGUCGAUGUAGGGGAGGCAAAGGUAAAAGUGGAACUGCAGGUAAUGCUGCCUCAUAAAUAUCCUCACGUAGUGCCUCAGCUUUUUGCAAGAUCAGAUGCAUUGCACAGACAACAACAGUUGCAGCUCAACACUGGUCUCACUUCUCACAUCAGUUCUUUGGAUUCAGGUGAACUCUGUCUAUGUGAAGCUGUGCAGUGGGUGAAAGACAACAGCCUGCCUUACCUGGAAAAUAGCAAGGUGUCUUCUGAAAGUGCUUCAGAAGGAGUGCUAGUUAAAGAAACACUGCACCGCAUGUGGAUCUAUAGCCAUCACAUCUACAGGCAGGAACUGAGGAAGAAGAUUUUCGACUCUGCAAAGCAGUUAAAUCUGACUGGCUUCUGCCUCACAGGGAAACCUGGUGUCAUCUGUGUAGAGGGUCUCCAGGAAAGCUGUGAAGAGUUCUGGCGUGUUAUUCGGUAUCCCAACUGGAAGCACAUUUCGUGCAAGCAUGUGGAGAACAUAGAGACAGAGGGAAGCAUCGAUGAGCUUCGCCUCUUUCAUGCCUUCGAAGACCUGCAGUUUGAGGCACAUGGCGAUUAUGGCCUGAGGAACGACUACCACAUGGAUCUUGGCCAGUUCCUACAAUUCCUCAAACAGCAUCAAAGUGGACACAUUUUUCAGAUUUUGUUUGGUGUCAAAGACAAACAUUCAGACAAACAAGGAACUGUGUAAGGGUUCUAAUGUUGGAUGAAGAAUGGUUCAACUAGUUAAUCUUAGCUUCUGUUCUGAGAGACCAGAAAAGCUGCUCAUUUAUUU